ACAUCUACCAAGAAGAAGAAAAAAAAUAUUAAUACGAUUGAGAUUACCAUCUCUAUAUCUCCACUACGCCCUAUCCACAACUAAGCAAUCCAAUCCAAUCCAAUGAAUUCCCUAGUGAUUUGUGAAAAGAGGGAAUCAAACACUCAUUAUCAUAACUUAAGGAUUAAGGAGUCAUACAAUUCACAACUUUAUUGGGCACGAAGCUUCGUCGUUAUGUGUAACCAUCAUCGGUAUCUCUAAAAAACACACUAACACGUACAAAACCAAUGCAAUUUGCAUUCCAACCAAAAAAAGGCAAUAAAAACUACACACUAAGGAAAGAAAAGGCAAGCGUAAGAAAAGAGUCGUUCUUAAGUUUCCCAAUUUACCAAUUAUUACAAUCAACUUAUAUCAACUACAUAAUUUAAUUAGUUCCAUUGGUAGUAUGUGCAACUCUAAUAGUUAUAUUAAUAUGGCGGAAACCGAAUUCGAAGACACCGGGUCAUGGCGUCUCAAACUCGACUCCUUCCAACUCCCGCAUACUCGUCCCUCGUCCAACUCUUGUUUAGGCCGCCUUUUCCGUACCCACAGGAAACAAGGUAAAGUCGCGGAUUAUUACAAAAAGCAGGAAAGACUAUUAGAGGGUUUCAAUGAAAUGGAAAGCAUCAAUGAAACAGGGUUUUUCCCUGGAAGUCUCACAGAGGAUGAGAUGAAGAAGCUUGCAAAACAUGAGAGAAUGGCAAUUACUAUAUCGAAUGCAGCAAAUGUUGUUCUUUUCCUAGCCAAGAUAUAUGCAUCUAUAGAAAGCAGAUCAUUAGCAGUGAUUGCAUCAACAUUGGAUUCACUUCUUGAUCUUUUGUCUGGAUUUAUUCUUUGGUUCACUGCACAUGCCAUGAGAAAGCCUAAUCAGUAUAACUAUCCUAUUGGAAAGAAACGGAUGCAACCAGUGGGAAUUAUAGUUUUUGCAUCUGUUAUGGCUACACUGGGACUACAAAUACUGCUGGAGUCAGGACGCGACCUCUUAACCAAGACUGGGCCUAAAAUGAAUCACACACAAGAAAUGUGGAUGGUAGGGAUUAUGGUGUCUGUCACAGCAGUGAAGUUCAUUCUUAUGAUCUAUUGUCGCAGAUUUGAAAAUGAAAUAGUUCGAGCUUAUGCUCAAGAUCAUUUCUUUGAUGUGGUUACAAACUCAAUUGGUCUGGUGACUGCAGUUCUUGCUGUUCGGUUCUUUUGGUGGAUUGAUCCAACUGGUGCCAUAAUAAUUGCGUUGUACACAAUGGGUACGUGGGCAAGAACUGUGAUUGAGAAUGUAUGGUCAUUAAUUGGAAGGACAGCGCCACCAGAAUUCUUAGCAAAGUUAACGUUUCUUAUAUGGAAUCAUAAUGAAGAGAUAAAGCACAUUGAUACAGUACGAGCAUACACGUUUGGUUCUCAUUACUUUGCUGAGGUUGACAUUGUACUGCCUGAAGAUAUGCGUCUGAACCAAGCACAUAACAUCGGUGAGACACUCCAAGAAAAGCUAGAGCAGCUACCUGAUGUAGAGCGAGCAUUUGUACACAUCGAUUUCGAGUUCACUCAUCGCCCAGAACAUAAACCAAAGGUCUAGGGAAUUCCUAGAAACAGAUUGUUCAUAAAAAAAUAUUGGAAUUUCAAAUACUGUCACAUAUAUGUGUUUUCUAUGUCAUCCAUUGCUCCCAGAGUCCAAACUAAUAAUAAUAUAUUGUCAUGUUGGAAAUGCACAUAGUAAAUAUAUCAACUUUGCAAGAAAA